AUGGCGAUGGCCCCUCGACACAAAGAAUCAGGCUCUAGCGAUGAAGAAGCGCCAGAAACUAUAUCACUAACUCAGUCAAAGCAGAGCGUGCACCGUCGCGAAACGGAGCUAAAGAAAGCAGAAAUUUUAGUGAAAGAGAGGAAACGUGAAGAGAAUCGGGAAAGGGACAGAAAAUUGAAGGAGAGGGCGGAGAGGAACAGGGGAAAGCAAAAGGAGAAGAGUGGAAGUAGCCGUGAUCUGGACCUGGAGGCGAGGAUGCAGAGGGCAAUGCAGGAAGCCCAGGACGAAAUGGGUGAGGAAGAAAGCGGCGACGAGGAAGAGUUUGAGGGUUUUGGUGGCUUGGAAGGGUCAGACGAUGACGAAAGUGGAGAAGAGUUGAGCAGCCAGGAAGAAGAGUCAGGCUCAGACAACGACGAGAGCGACAUGGAGUCAAAUCUGAACGACUCAGACCGGGAUGAGCAACCAGGUCGGAUAUCAAAUCCUGACCAUCUCCCCGACGAACUAUUUGAGGCUGCUUUCAAAGCCUCGACGACCUCGUCCAAACGGAAAGUGGAAGACAUAGAUUCGAAGACACAACUGCCCUCAAGAAAACGUAAACGCAACAAUGCGCCUCCAAAAGACCUUGUAAUAGGCUCACGGGCAAUUCGGGUUCUCCCCGAAGCCAACAAGCCAUCGACUCCGUCCGCACGCCCUUCACGGAAGAUCAGGAAAUUUCUAGAUCGUACUCUGGCUCUGAAAGGUGGAAAUCCCAAAGCAAGGGGAUGGGAACGACGACCUGUUAACAUUGGUGUCAUGCGUCGCAACGGCGGGCCUGCUGCUAAUUUUUCACUGAGUUUUGAAAUGAUGAGCAACCUGUCUAACGGACAAUAA